CGUUACUCUAAAAACUAACGAUGCUUCUUCUUUUCCUUUUUAGCUUGGCGGGAAGACAAGAGGUAAGAACCGGUUACAGUGACUCCGCCCCAACACCCUGACGGACAGCUGCCUCAGCCAACAGGAGCGCGACAUUGCUGCGUCACCGCUCCGGCCGCCAUUUUGUGAGUGUAUAUGAGGCGGUCGCCCCGUCUCUCUGAGUUAUUGCGGCGCCUCCUCUCCGUGCCGGGUGGUUUUCGUGUGUGCCAUGGAAGGGUAAGUCAUCAAGCUUAGCGGGCCGGGGGGGCCCAGUGCAAUAACACAAACUUGUCUGGCUUAAAAUCUCCCUCUGUAACUUUACAGCCUUCGGAGUAUUUUUGUUUGUUUUUGUGGUUAUUUUUUUUUCUCUCACUGAAAGCCAGUCAGUUGGGAGUUGUUGGAAACCUUGUUACUAGUUAUUACUGAGAGGGGGGCCGUUAAUGGGCUGCACAUACCGUCCAGUAACGUACAGCCGCACUCCCCUGUUGCUCGGUACCGUGUUGAGUUGGCACUGGGUGGGGCACACUUUACUCCUGACUAACACGGCAUCAGGGGGGUUGAAAGAACUCCCACACCCAUCACGUGCCCAUGUAAAGUCCCAUCUUACCUGACCCCCCUCUCUAAUAACCGCCCCCAUGGCUCCCAGUAUCGGGGUGCCUGUGUCUUGCUCCCAAUCUCACCGACACAUAAUCCUCUCCCGGGUCACUCCAGAACCUAAAGUGGUGAUAAUGCUGGACCCUCCGGGGGUUAUCAUUUUCCUGCUUGGGGGGGGGGGGGUUAGUGCCUACGUUUCUCCUCUGUUGAGGCUACCGUGGUGUGUUGGCUUAUUGCUAAGGCUAGUGGUAGCCAGGGAUCUUGCCAGAGUAGUGGGAGUUGAUGUACAUCCUGCGGGGUUAUACUGAGGAGACACUCACUGGCCAGUUAAAGGAUGCUGGAUCCAGCGUGGCCCCUCGUUUAGUAGAUGCCCUGGGGAGGGGGGGGGAGGAAGAGGGAGAUGAAGUUAGUCUGCUUGCGUGUGCAAAGUCCAACUUCCUUCACAGCCUGCGGUUCACUGGCUUCCGCCCCAUCCAUUGUCUGUUUCGAUCUGCCCCUCCUAUUCAACAUUAGGUAGAUGGGUGGAGGAGGUUAGCUAUGGGGCCCCUGUGCUGCCCAGACUUGCUUUUUAUUUGUUCAUAAUGUAGUUCGGGUUUUUGUUUACUUGGAGACGUUUCCUGGCAGUUGAAAUGUUAAAUCAUGGGUAGAGCUAGUCUGCUUACCAUCUGAAUUUGCAUUGAUACACAAUCGUUAGAUUCUGGAUCACACCAGAGUAGUUUGAGAUGUGUGUGUGUAUGUAUAUUAAUUUGUGGGAGGGAAGUGCAUUUCGAUAUGAAAGCAUAGACCUUUACAUUAAGUGUAGCACUAGGUUGCCCUAUGCUGUUCUAUUCAAAGCUGUGCCAGAUACCUGGUAUGAUGUAAGGGGAGAAGCUUAAAGUUACGUGUAAUGCAAUUCAACAGUUAUUGAAGUUUAAGUUCUUCUUGACACACUCUUGUUUCUGAUGUUAAAUCUAUGUAUAUAUUUAAAGGUCUGCAGUUCACUUUUGCUGGUUUGGGGGAUUUACCUUCGUAAACUCCACAUUUGAUUAAAUUAGUUGGACUUUGCAACUUGUGUUUAUAAAUACUGUAUACAAAGUAUUUACAGUCUUAUGGUUUAUACCUAUGGUAAGUUCAGGAAAUUGUAGUUGAGUUGCAGAAGCUGUAAUAAUACAUUUGCAGGAAGGGAGACCAUUUGGAGAACUGCAUUGCUCCUUUUGUUUAAUGUAUGUAAAUCACUCCAAAGGUAACCUCUGAUAGUGAGCAGGCAAAGGCUGUGUGGUUAGUGAUUUAUACAUGCAGAGCUGCUUGGGGUUUACAUUGGCUGCAAUUGUGUGCUUACUCAUAUCCUGUUGGCUUCAGAUGAGAUUAUGAAAUUCCACCCUCCAUUUUGUGCAGCUGUAUAGCAAGCAUUUUUUUUCUCUCUGCAACUAGCCUACCUUUUUUGUGUCUUCACAAUAAAUUCUUGCAUGUGAGGGGAACCUGUUUUUCCAGUAUUUCCUUACGCAGAUAAGAGUAGCUUGGCAAAUGCUUUAUUUAAAUUAAACUUCUCAUGUUUGAGGUGAUAUAAAGGUGGAGUAAACUGAUCUAGUGAAGUUAGAAAUGUAUGUCUAAAUGUUGGUAAAGCCGUAUCAAGAUAUGGAUACGUCCAGUUUAGUAUGCACACUUGAAAUAUUAUCCCUCAAAUUGUAUUAAGUGCAUGACUUCGAUGUCGUUUUGUUUUAUAUAGUGCUGUACAAUGGGUGGGCUAACAGACACUUCCUUGAUUACUGUCAAGGGGGUAAACAUGCAGUUUAAAAUUAAAAGCAUUAUUUAUUGUAAAACAAGUCGACGACAGUGUUGCAAAUUAUUUUGUCUGUCUAGUUACAUGUAUUUUACAGAAAUGCAUCCUAAUAGUUGAGGCUCACAAAAUCAUAAAUGUCAAAUGCCCAUGCAAGUGUGCUAAGCUAUAUUGAACAAUUUAUACAUGUACAUACAUAUUCUUUAUGGGGCUUCUAUGGUCAUGUUUUUUUUGUUCUAAAUAGUUUUACAAAUUAAUUUAACUUUGCUGCUUAACUGACUUUUUUUUUUCCCACCUUUUCGUUACAGAAUUGUCCAAGAGUUAACAGUUGGUACAAAGGUAAGCCCUGAUUUAUUUUAUAUAAUCUAAAAAUUACUUUGUCACCAAUUAGUUUGCGUUAAAGGUGCAAGAUGAUCUUGGCACCAACUGAGGAUAGCCUCCCUUGUUCUGAAAUCCCUGAUACAUCCAUUGGUUUUUUUUGUUUGUUUUUUUUUUCUUCAUAUGUGUUUUGUAGUGUUAUGCUAGUAUAUUGUAUUGGUUUAUCUCUAGAGCAGAAGGGCAACCUUUGGCACUCAAGGUGUGUGAACAACAUCUCAUUUAACACAUUAAGGAUAGUCAAUUGUCCAAGUUCUGAACCAAAACAAAAUCUAGAACUUUGUCUGCUCAACCAAUAUUUACCUCUCUAAUAAUAAGUGCAUAUAAACAUCUAAAUAAAAUAAGUGUGGAAAUACAAAAAUUCUUGUUUUCUAAGUUCUGCACUGCAUUUUAACAGUGAAAUGUCUUAAUACUGUUUGAUUUUACUUCAAAAAAAUUUUUUUUUUUUUUUUUGUGAUGCCCCCUAUUUAAAUGUUUAAUCUGGCUUUGGUUAGUGUCAAAUAAAUGGCUUAUAAAUUAAAUUAUCUAUUCAGGCCUGUUGUGAAUUAUAUAUCAUUCCUAAUGUAUUUUGGGGUAUGUAUUGUAUAAUAUCAUAUAGGGCAUCUGCCUGAUGACCCAGGCAGUCCUCAUGCAGCCAGUUUGAUUAAUUUGAUAGUGUCAUCGUGAUCACUGUACCCCCUACCCCCCGAACGUGAUCGUCAGCUAAGGAGCUACGGUGCCCUGAAGGGAAGGCCUUAUUGGGGCAUACUGUUUUGCCCUAACACUGUUAGUCAUCCUUUUGUAGUACACGGUAGCACGCCCAACAUUGGGAAGUGGUUAAUGCUCUUACAGUCAUAAUGCUUGCAAAGCAUCGGGGGGAGAUCUAGUCCACAACAUCUGGAGUGCCAAUGUUUGCUGACCUCCUGCUCCAGAGUGUAUUUUAAUGGUCAUAUAGUUGACAUUUUGGUAUUAGUGCUUGGUUAUGCUAAACCAGUCCUGCUUGUUUUCUCAGGGUUUGUGUUCAUCACACAGAGCUUGUAGGGUGAUGUCUGACCAGUUACCAUGGCAUUGGUAAUUAUCAGUUUUGGUUGUCUGCCAGGAAUGUGGCUUGCCAACCUUAUCCUCUUCUUUAGCUUCAGUUCAGAGAUUGCAGCAUGGGGAAUCUGUACUACUGUCUUUCCCCUCUUUAUUUAUUUCCCCUUCCCCCCCCCCACAUAUUCCAAGUCUGUGUCAAUUUUGUGGGUUCAUGGGCUCAGCCAAAUCCAUAUUAUGUAAAUAUUCUUAAAUGAAUCCAAAGCACAGUUGGGCAUGCCUUUCCUCUUUUUUUUUUCUUCUCCCUCCUCUGCAUCAAACAGAAAAUAGGAGGGCAUAUUUUUGUGAAUAAACCACUAGCCUCUUCCACAGUGCUUUACAAGUAGUUUGUCAUUUAAGUCAGUUUAAGAAAGGCUUGAUGUAGUGUUCUUGUCACUUUUCUCCUUUUCAUUUCUUUAUGCCCUUGUAAUCGUAAUGCAGUUUUUUUGGUUUGUUUUUUUCCCAGGUGGCUUGUGUGUAAAUUUGAUUGGCAACUGACAUGAUUCCUUGCUUUAAGCCUCUCAAGUUUUACUUGCUUGUCUGCUAAGGAAAAGGCUUAAUUUGAUACCUUUUUUUUUUUUUUUUAAAUGUAUAUUGUCAAAACUUGAACCCUCAAGAAAAAAAGUUAAACGGAUACAUGCAUAGGCAACCAAAAAUUGUUUUUUUUGUUUUGUUUUUGUUUUUUUCGUGACCGAUGCCUUCAGCGGCUGUCAAACCCACUCAUAUACUUGUGUUGACUGUUGGGUUUUCAUUGAAAUCCCAACACCGUGAAAAGAUAGGAAGACAAAGCUUGACAAAAAAGUGCAGUCAAGCCCACAGUCGUCACUAGUGGAGGGGAGAGGGGUGCCCUUAUGAAGGAUCUUCCAUAACACUCAGUGUGUGUAUAUAUAAUGUGUGUGUUUUUUGGUUUUUUUUUGUGUGUGUUUUUUUUUUUUUAUAUCUAUCUCUUGUGUGAUGUCUUCUGGAGGCGUGCUUCUAGGGUGACUGUCCUAUCCAAUGCUUCGCAUAGAGGAAUAUUAGGGACCAUAUGCGCAUGGAUGGCACAUGCCUAUAUCCACCAUUGAUUCUUUCAUAGAUAAAAACAAUAACUCAUGCAACAAGACAGUUUUCAAAAAUGUUUGUGGUUGUCUAAUUUCCCCUGGCUUAGAGUGUGCCUUGUGCAUUUUUACUUCACUUUUGGGCUCUUAAAUGUAAAUUUAAAAGCUGUAACAGAAAAGCUCAUUGUAAUUGGGGACGAGCUUCUGCAUUGAAAUCAAACUUGAAGGGUUACUCCAACCAUUGUAACCACUACAGACCGAUGUAGUGGUUACUCUGGCUUCUUCAGAGCUGGAUAUUGGUUGAUCCUGUGACUUUCAUUGGUUCAGUCUGUCAGCUACUCACUCUUAGCCAAUGAAUGAGCAUUUCUACAUAGAAAUAUGCAGAGUUAAACAUUCCCGGCUGGCUAAUGACAUCCUGAUGAAUCUGCUAGAGGUAGUUACACUUGGCUGUAAAGUGGUUAAGCAGACUUCAUAAUGAAAUGCUGCACAUAGUUACUCUAGAUCAGGGGUAGGCAACCUAUGGCACUUGAGGUGUCUUUGCACGGCACUCAAGGCUGCUUGAGCCAAACAGGCUCUGGCCUAUCAGGAGUCCCAGUAAAACUUAAAAUAUCUGCUUAUACGAAAAGAUGGUGAAGGACAAUCUUCAAUUUAAGCAUUGCAGCACAUAGAGGAAAUGAUCUCAGAUCACUUCCUCCAAGCACUUGUGAAUGGGAAUCCACACCGUAGUAGAGCAGCCCUCGACAGCUAUCACAGCUCCUGUCUUUGACCUGUACCAGGCCAGCCUGGUCCCCACUGGAACCCAGGGAAGCCAACCAUACUGCUAGAUAUACACAUAUAUUGUGGAUCAAAGAAAGUGUUUAUCUGAGUAUCUGCUCCUUUCCAAAUUGUUAAAAUAAAUGCGUGCACGCUCUGAAGUAAAUUACACUGAGACACAGGUAUCAGUUUAAUUAAAAACUUGAAUGUUUACUCAGGGGGCGGCAAGCCCCUUAUAAAGGCAAAAAUACAUCAUAUGCAAAAAUCUAGAUAACAGAGAGAAUACAUCUUUAAUUGGUUAGGUGUUAAAUGUCUUAUCUAAUGCACAUCCUACGAGGUGUGAUGUCACCAUCAUCCCGGGACUUUACUCCGGAUGUAGGUGCCAUCUUGUUACACGAGGUAGUUAGUCGGUGGGAGGGGGUGCUCUAGCAGCCAUUUUGAGCAGAUAUUGAAUACAGGUAUACACAGUAAAUAGACUUUUUACUAUCACUAAUUUACAUUCAUAACACAGAAAUGAAGAAUAACCCUCACCUUAUACAAAUAUGAACAGUCCACACACAAACACACACAAUCUGCACAAACGUAACUCGCUAACAAUCCACAUACAUGCACACAACCCCACAUGCAGCCUCUCACAUACAAUACCCCAAACAACACUCACACUACCAAACACACAAUGUGACAUAUCCAUCCACACACAAUUCCACAAGCAGCCCUCAUACACAGCCCACAUUCAUAUGUAUCAUACACAGUACCAUAAACUACUCAUGAACAUAUACAAUAUAAUAGCUCAUAUACGCACAAAUACAAAGCAAUUACAGUAAAACACAAGCAGAAUACGGCAGCAUACACACCUCAAUUUUAAAAAAAAUAGGACCGGCACGCUACGGGACAUCACAAUCCCAUAUCGGCCCAGUGCUGCUAAAAGGUUGCCUACCCCUUCUCUAGACACUGACCAUUUUAGUGAUUUGAAGUAUUGGCAUAGACAUCUAAACCUAAGAGAUUCAUCAUUGUUUCUUCUACUCCUGUAUUAAUCUGUUGGCAAUUAUGGUUUCUAUUAAACAUUACAGUUUUAAGUCUUUUGAAUUUCUAGUUGUUUACAGCCUACAAUGCCGUUAUGUAUAACUUGGGUUAAGGUUGGUGUGUGUGUGUUUUUUUUUUUGUUUUUUUCUCUCUCUCUCUUUCUUGGUGUUGCGAUGGAUAUAGAGAGAGAGGCACAAACCAUUUUUUUUAAUUUUUAUUUAUUUUUUGUUCUGUGGGGUAUGCAUUUUGAAAUGCAUGUCUUGUAAUCAAAUAACUUCCUUAUGGCUCAAGAAAACUGUGUAUUCCAAUAUAUCUUACUGAUAGUCUGCUUUUCAGUUAAUGAAGCUAGGUGUUGCUUGCAUAUUUUUAUUUAUUUAUUCUUCUGUGUGCACUAGUUUUAAAAACACAUCCUAGGUACCAAAAUCUGGUGCUUCUUAAAUCCUGUCUUGCAGCCCUCCUAAUGAACGGUGCUAUUUUGAUAUAUGGUGUCAGCAUGGAAAAUAUGCUGCUGUAAUUGCUGGGUGUGGCCUGUAGUUGACUGAGAAACUUUGUAGUAGAUGCACUUAAUGAGUUGUGGCUGCACUCAUGCGGGGUAGGUCAGCGAUGCUGCUCUGAAAAAGAGUGGCCACAGAUUGUUGGUCUGGAAGAGUGUCAGGGAGCAGUGUGGUCAUUGUCCUGGCACUGGUAUGUUUUCAUGGUUGUAUUUUAUUAAAAAGGAGACUACAGUAAAGGAAUACAUGUAACUUGACAAAUGUUAGCAAUUCUUUAAAGGGAAACUCCAGUGCCAGGGAAAACAGUUUUCCUGGCACUGCAGUUCCCCUCUCCCUCCCACCCCCCAAUCCCCGGUUGCUGAAGGGGUGAAAACCCACAUCGCUGCUUCUCAUUCCGUGCCGCUCCUCCCUCUGAUUGCGUCGGCCGAUGCUAGAAACCAGGAAGUCUAGUAGACAGCCACUAGAGGUGGAGUUAACCCUGCAAGGUAAUUAUUGCAGUUCAUAAACUGCGAUAGUUAAACUUGCAGGGUUAAGAGUAGUGGGAGUUGGCACCCAGACCACUCCAAUGGGCAGAAGUGGCCUGUGUGCCUGGAGUGUCUCUUUAAGUAGCUCAGACUUUCAUUAUCUUUUGUAGUCUUCACUGUUCUGAUAUUCUUCUCUUAAUUGUAUAGAUUUAAAGAUCAAUCUUUGGGUGAGGAAAACGACAAACAUCUGCUAGUGUUUAAUUUGAUGCCUACAUUAUCUCUUGGUUAUAUACUUAAUGUAUAUGAAAGAUUCCAUAGAAUGGCAUUAUCUUUCAUGUGUCCUCUGAUUCUUUUAUUCAAGUGUGUAAUUGUUUCACAGAAUAAAAGUGAGUAGGUUUAUUUCCCUACCUAAAAUAAAAUGUUUAAACUCUCUUUAUAAAAUACUCUGAGGUCUUUCUAGGAAUUUGUUCACCAUGCCUACUAUAAUUAACUUUACUGUAAAUUAUAUAUAUAAUUUUCCUCCUUUGUGACUGCAUUGCCAUUUAUUUGUUCAGUCUUUACUCUAAAACGCUAAUUUUAAAAUUAAGGCAGCGGACUCCAGUGUAAUCUCUGGUCAAAAAUAGUUCUGAAACUGCAUACCUGCACAUCUUAUUGGAAUCAACUGCUCUGGUUACAAUGACAUGUAAAUAAUUCAUUGUGGCAUUUGCAAGAUGCUUCUUGAGAAGCUAUUGUCAUUACAGCCUGUAACUGUAUGCUUAUCCAUGUGCAAGAAUAGGUGAAAUGAAGCACCAGCUUAAAAAAAAAAAAAAAGCAGCUCAAUAACUUAAAUGCCUGUAGUCUGGCUAAUAACGUCCUUACUGUGGUGCACCAGACCUUUACCAAAUUAAAGGACCACUUCAGCUUAAUGAAGUGGUCUGGGUGCCAGGUCCAUCUAGGAUUAACCCUUUCUGCUGUAAAGUUUGUUUACAAAUUGGUUAAUCCAGCCUCUAGGCUGUCUUUCUGACAGCUGCUAGAGAUGCUUCUGCGCUUCUCACUGUGACUUUUCAGUGAGAAGACGCUAGCGUCCAUAGGAAAGCAUUGAAAAUGCGCAUGCACAUUCAGCCGAUGACUGGGAAAGGAGUCACCGGCGCUGGAAAAAGGGUAAGGGAUUAACCCCUUCAUCCUAGAGCCCGGCGUGAAGGGGACCCAUGGACCCUAUAGAGCCAGGAAAAGUUUUUCUGGCACAAUAGGGGGUCCUUUAAGUUGCCUUAAAAGUAAAUAUUUUAAUGUGUAUAUACUGAAGUCUAAGGGGCACUCCGGACACACAAACCUUUAAAUAACCUGCACCUUCUCAAACGGUUUAACCCCUAAAGUGGCCUACAGCGCAAGCCUCUCCCUCGAGUACUGCUGGGAAGCAGUAAACUGACCUUCUCAGCCAAUCACUGACUCCCCAUUCACAAGGCUGGCUUGGAAAAGCAUCUUUAGAUGUAGUUAUGGUGCCAUAAGCAUCCUAAACUACUUUUUUUUGUAGUCUAUGGGUGCUAUCUCUUUCAAUUUUUGUGUAGAAUAUCAGGCUUUUCCCCACUUUAAUGGUUGCUUAUUUUAUGUGCAUCUGCUAAAAUGUCACUGUAUCUCUGCUUUCAUCUCUCACUGUACUAAUAAUUUGGGCUUUAAUUAGUGUUACAUUUAAUCUACAAAUAAUAGUGUAAAUGCGGUCAUGUAGAUUUCUUCUUUCCUACUUGUCACCUGCAUAAAGACCACAGAAUAGCUAUGAUGAUGAACAGUAAGUGAAAGCUCAAAUCUCAAAAUAUGAGUGAAUUAUGAUUCUAUACUGUCUUGACUGGCUCACUUCAUAUUUUUAAAGUUGUGAGAUUGUUCAAAUUCUUGCAUAUUUGAAUUGCAGUCUUGUUAAUACUCCAAUACAUUUCAGAAGUCAUAGUUGUUUGGGCUUGUGGCACUUAUACUUAUUUAUUUUUGGGGGGUUUCUCCUCCCCAUUUUAAGAAAGUAUCAAUAUCUCACACUUUUAUUUUCUCUUCCAGCGAGGAUCUGACGAGCUUUUCUCUUGUGUUGCUAACGGACCCUUUAUCAUGAGCAACUCUGCUUCUGCAGGUAAGCACUUUUUUUUUAUUUUUUUUAUUUUUUUUUUACUUUAUUUUUUUGGUGUAUGUCUUUCAAAACUAGCAAUUUAAAAAAAAUUAUAAUUUUUGCUCCAUGCACGGGCACUGCUGACCCUGUGCAGAUUACUUGUCAAAUGAGAUCUAUCAGAAAUCCAGUGUAAUUUACAUUAUUUCAUAAUUUAAGAAUAAAUGUAGUGCUCCGUACAUGAAUAUAUGUAUUCCUAUGCAUUUUGUUCCAUUGUCUUGUGUAAUUUAUUUGGCUUUUAAAGGGACACUAGUCACCAGAACUACAGCUUAAUUGUUCUUGUAUCUAUGUCUGUGCAGGCCUUUUCAUGUAAAGACUCUUUUCAGAAAGAAGUCCAGUGUUUAAAUUACUGCUUAGGGACGCCUUCAGUGGUGGUCAUUCUGGGUUAUUGAUGCACAACGUACAUGGCUCUGCAUGGAUGCGCUGAACUUUUCAUAUAGAGAUGCAGUGAUUCAAUGCAUCUUUGAGGAAAUGCUGAUUGGCACUGUGUGACAAUUUGCUGUGCAUACCAAAUAGCCUGGUCCAGCUAGAUUUAACCCUUUUUUUUUUUUUUCUAUAAACAUAGCAGUUUCAAAGAAGGCACUAUAGUGGUCCUUUAAUGCUUCCCUAUACACAUUUGUAUUCCUGACCCUUGAGUUUUCCUUUAAUGCUCUUAUCAAUGUUUGCUGGCAGAUUCUCAACCAGUUACUUUGAUAUCUGGAGGAGUUCAAGAGAAGUCUUGAUAAGAUUAGAGGUUUCAGUGCCCUUUGAGAGGUCUUCGAGUUGUCAGCAGUGUAGAGUCUCACCUCUUCUGUAGAGCAAAAAUGUCUUCAUUGUUUACACACACACACUCUUGUCAAAGAUGCAUACUUGACUUUUGCAGUCUUUAACUGGGAUAACAAUUUGCGUUUAGUUCCCUUGAGCUAAACCUUCUUUCUUAUAUGGAUAAAUGCUAUAAUUAAUCUAAAAUAUAGAUUAACUUCUUGCCUUCCAGUGUGUAGGUGUUGCGAUUGCCUUUAUCCUGUCUCAGAUCACUUCCUCAAGCAAGGCAAACCUCCCUGAUGCCAAAACAUUGUGUUCUUUGAAUGCUAGACAAUUCUCACUUUAACAAAGUGAAUUUAAAUAUUAAGGCUAAAAUGACUGCAUGGGUGGGGGUAGGGGGUCAGCUUUCGGUUUGAAAUUACAUUUUUUUUUUUUUUCAGAGAAACUGCUGUUUAUGAAUGGGUUAAGCCUUCCCCCUAAUCCUCUAGUGGCUGUCUCAUUGACAGCCACUAGAGGCGCUUGCGUGCUUCUCACUGUGAUUUUCACAGUGAGAGCACGCAAGCGUCCCUAGGAAAGCAUUGUAAAUGCUUUCCUAUGCGACGGGCUGAAUGCGCGCGCAGCUCUUGCCGGGCGUGCGCAUUCAGCCGACGGGGAGGAGAGAAGGAGGAUCUGAGGAGGAGAGCUCCCUGCGCUGGAAAAAUAAGUUUUAACCCCUUUCCAGAGCCGGGCGGGAGGGGGCACCCUCAGGGCACUAUAGUGCCAGGAAAACGAGUAUGUUUUCCUGGCACUAUAGUGGUCCUUUAAGGUGAGGGUUUAAAAAAAAUAAAAAAUUUUAUUUUUUUAUUUUUUUUAUUUUUAUUAAAAAUAUUUAAAGCAUCACGAUCGGGUCAGGAACACAAACAUGUAUUCCUGACCCUAUAGUGUUAAAACCACCAUCUAGCCUCUAAUGCCUCCUUAAAUAUAGCAAAAUCUUACUGUAUUCAAGCCAGAAGCUGUAGCUCUACGUGCUGUUUGCCUCAAAAAUACCAAGCAGUCUGCUGACAUCAGUAAUGGUAGCCUGAUCCAAUCGCAAUGCUUCCCCAUAGGAUUGGCUGAGACUGACAAGGAGGCAGAUCAGGGGCAAAGCGCGCAUGAUUCAAACAGACCUGGCCAAUCAGCAUCUCCUCAGAUGAAUUGAAUCAGUGAAUCUGAGGAAAGUUCAUUGUCUGCAUGCAGAGGGAGGAGAUGCUGAAUGUUUGGAUGCAUUUUAGGCAGCCAUGACCCAGGAAGGAUCCCUAACAGCCAUCUAAGGAGUGGCCAGUGAAGUUAUCACUAGGCUGUAAUGUAAACACUGCAUAUUCUCUGAAAAGACAGUGUUUACAGCAAAAAGUCUAAAGGUAUCUUUCUACUCAUUCAAUGUUAUACUCACCAGAACAAAUUCAAUAAGCUGUAGUUCUGGUGACUAGUGUCCCUUUAACCUCUUUGUUUGGGUUGCAUAAACUGUGUGAGCGUUUUCUCUAACUACAUUUUGCUUUAUUUAUAGCUAAUGGAAAUGACAGUAAGAAAUUCAAAGGAGACAGCAGAAGUGUAGGUGUGGGCUCCAGGGUUAUACAUGUCCGUAAGCUGCCAAUGGAUGUAACAGAGGCUGAAGUCAUAUCCCUUGGUCUUCCUUUUGGCAAAGUUACUAAUCUCCUGAUGCUCAAAGGCAAAAACCAGGUACUUAAAUUUUAUGUUGGCAUUCCCAUUUUUCUUUUCCUAACACUACUACUAACAACAACUUUAUGAAAUACAUAUUUUGACUGUUGGAAUUUCUCUCGUUUUAAAGUAUGUCCUAGGUCCACAAGACAUUGCAUUGUUACAAUAGGAUACAAUAUUACGAUACAUACAACCGUUUUAUUCUGUGCUGAGGUAUAUUGCCAUAGAUUUUAGUUUUUAGAUUGAAAUGAAGAUUUGACAGCAUCCCUGAGGUUACUCCAUAAUUGCAGUGCUCUGUAGGAAAAGGAGAAUCGAGCCACUUUAUUUUUGUGUUGCGGUAUGCUAAAUCCGAUAUCUUGUGAAAUCUAGCUAUUAGGCACCCCUGAUCUAGUGGGAUCCUCCAUAGACAAAAAUGUUGUACUACUGCAUGUGCAUGAGUUCAGCAGUGGCGUCUGCUCCAGAAGAGAACCCUUUGGGGGAAGAUGGCCACACUUGCAAGGGUCUGGUUCAGUUAAGUAGAACUCCUGUUUACCUGCCCCUACUGGUGAUGUCUAUGCAAAGGCCCCAGAUAUUGACAGUGCUGCUUUAAAGUAAGCUAAUCUAAAUCUUUAUUGGAUGUGGUGUGUGUUAAAAAGAUUUUUAUAUAUAUAUUUUUUUUUUUUUUUUUUAAGGCAUUUUUGGAAAUGAGCACAGAGGAAGCUGCAAACACCAUGGUAAGCUACUUCACCACAGUUACUCCAGUUCUACGAAGCCAGCCCAUCUACAUCCAGUUCUCCAACCACAAAGAAUUGAAAACUGAUAACUCUCCUAACCAAGCGGUGAGUUAACUGGUAUGAUUUUAGUAUUGUAAAAACAAUGCUUUGAGGUAAUUAUCUCUGCAUACAAAGUUUUACACAUCUUUACAUCUUUGGGUCGAUCAUGCAAAUUUAGUAAAAGCAUUAUGAUUAUUUGUGGUGAAAAAUUCUGUCUGGGGUUUUUUUUCUCCUUUCUUGUGUUUUAAACCUUGUGCAUUGUAUGCUGCUGGCAGAGGCAAGGCGUCAUGGUGCCAAAGUAAACUUGUAUUUCAUGUGUGGGAAGAACUGCUUUGAAACAAAAUCCGUUGUUGUGGGCUUACAAUUUAGAAUAUUUCUGUUGUGAACUAACUUAUGAUGGCGAGCAAAAUUUGAUUUGUGCACGUGUGAGAGAUAUUACAACUUUGUAUUUUUUUUUUUUUUUUUUCCUCUCUCCAGAGAGCACAAGCGGCACUGCAGGCUGUGAAUUCUGUUCAGUCUGGAAACAUAGCACUAUCUGCCACAGCUGCUGCAGUGGAUGCUGGCAUGGCAAUGUCAGGACAGAGCCCAGUGCUGAGGAUAAUUGUGGAGAAUUUGUUCUAUCCAGUUACACUGGAUGUCUUGCAUCAGGUCAGGAAACGUUUAAUUUGAAAGGAACUCUUCUUAAAUGUCUGUUAGUUGGCUUAUUAAGAUGCUUUUUAUGUAAUUUUGGGAGUUUAGAAUCUUUAUACUCAUUCAAUGUUAUACAAUAUUUAUUAACUACCUAUUAAAAGUGUAUGUAUAUUUAUUUUCUGUUUUUUUCUUUAGAUAUUUUCUAAGUUUGGGACUGUACUGAAAAUAAUAACGUUCACAAAGAACAACCAGUUUCAGGCACUUUUACAGUAUAGUGACCCAGUGAGUGCCCAGCAUGCCAAGCUUGUGAGUAUGGCCUUCUACUUAGCCUAUUACCCAACUGAAUCCUGUACUUUUGUAAUCUUCCCCCAUCUCCAAUAUGUUUCCAAUCUGUAUUUGAACAAAGCUGGUAUACGAUCACCUGUAAUUAUUUUAACUAAUUGUGCAUAUAAUUCUCUCUAGUCUCUGGAUGGGCAAAAUAUUUACAAUGCUUGCUGUACACUUCGCAUAGACUUCUCCAAACUCACCAGCCUUAAUGUAAAGUAUAACAAUGACAAGAGUCGUGACUACACACGUCCUGAUCUACCUUCAGGAGAUGGACAGCCCUCCCUGGAUCAGACCAUUGCUGCCUUUGGUUAGUUUUGUUAUUGGUCACCAAACUGCAAUUUGCAAAUAUUUUGUCUGUCAGAUCACUUUUUUUUUUUUUUCCUUCUUACGAUUUCAAUAAUUGUAUAAUGGUUAACAUUUCUCUUCCGUGACAGGGGCACCUGGACUGAUUUCUGCCAACCCCUAUGCAAGUGCUGGUUUUCCUCCAACAUUUGCCAUCCAACAAGGUAAUGACUUAAUCUAAAUUUGGACAAAAUAUUUCAGAACAUGAGUUUGUGUGUUUUUAUUUAUUUUUUUUUUAACCCCAACUGUGAAGAAAUACAAAACUGUUCUAUUUACUUAGGAUUAGGGACCCGUCUAAAUCUAAAUACUGGAAACCCUUCUAAAUACCCAUAACGUGGAAGUGAACUAUGAGAACUGUUUAGUGGCUGUUCAUUGUGAGAACCGCAACAGAGUUAUUUAACAAUUAAUGUAAAUGUCUGUAUUGGCUACAUUAAGGUGUUUAAACUAAAGAAUGCAUUAUUCAGCUGUCUUUGAUUAAAAAGAAUAUAGCGUAUGUCACUAAUAUACCUUAUUACAAAAUGCUAACUUUACCUAAUUCCUGUUGACUAGUCUAACCUUCUAUGACUGCAGUCCAUAUUGAAUUACUGGUGCUUUAUCAGGUUUUCUUUCUUAUCUAGGUGUCCAUGGAACCCUAACACAACUUGCUCUCCCUUCUGCUGCUGCCGCUGCAGCAGCAGCAGCAGGUCGUCUGGGUAUCCAUGGGCUUGGAAUUCCUGGGAACUCUGUUCUGCUGGUUAGCAAUCUGAACCCAGAGGUUAGUGGCAUUCUGUUUUUGUUUGUAUUAAAAUGUAACCUAUAUGUACUUAUUAGUCAACAUUAUAUGAAGUGUAUUCAGUCGAUUACCUGGGAUUUUCGACAAGCAGGAUAACAUUUUUUGAUUAUAUUGACACUGCCACCUGCAAAUACUAAUUUUCUGGUGUAAUCAGUUGGCAUUCUGUCCUGCAUUUUCUUCAUCCUUUCUGACUUUGUCACAAACAUGUUCUGGCAUAUUCUCAUUUUCAUGUCUAACUGCUGUUUUGUUCAUUAUAGCUUCAAAAACGAACACAUCUGUUUACUAGUGUAUAAAUUCUGUAAUCUUUGCGGUUCUAGACUGCAAUCUAUGAUUCAUGCCAGUAGUUGGGCAGGAAUUUUGCUCUGGUAGUAUUUGACCUUUUUUAUUUUAUAGAUCUAGAUAUAAAGAUUUUUCUCACUCCAGUUUCUUGUGCUGAUACACAAUUCUCACUAUUUAAUUUUGGGGUUUUUUCUGCUUACGUAAAAAUGUAUGUUCUUUCCUUUUUCUUUUUUUGUAUUCGGUGGGGGGGGACUGACACCUUUUUUUAAACUACCCAUGAAAGUCUAUACCAAGUCACUAUUGUAAUGUAAUAGCUAUUCCGCUUUUUAGCGGUUAAAAUAUAAAGCCUUAUUUGAAAGAAAAAGAGACAACAAAGUUCAGCUAAUGUAUAUGACAUUAAAUGUGCACUUGUAGCUGUACAGGGCUUCCAACUGAACUGGGUCUUGAAAUUAAAAGUUCUUUAUAUAAAGGCUAGUUAAUUCUUAGAAAAUACAGUGACAGUGUUUUAAGAGUUACCACUUUUAAGUGGCAGCUUGAUGUUAGCUGUCAUAAAUUUAUAAGGCAAAAAGUGGCAGUAAAAGUAAUGCAUCUUAGCUUUCAAAGACGCUGCAUGGAUAUUGUCAAUUUUUUGCAGGUUUUCGUACAAACUUUGUGUGUAUAGUGUCACUUUAAAACUUGACUGCCUUUUUAAACUCUAAACCCUUUUAGUUAUGACCUCUACAUAUUUCUUUUAUAUAUAUUUACUGACCAGUUUUUGCUACUUUUUUUUUUUCCUUUUCCCAUUACCUCCUUUUUUUUGUUUUCUGUUGUCCCUUGAUCCGGAAUUUCUUUGCCAACUGACUGCACGGCAACUUCUGCUUCCUGUUGUGCUUGAAACAAAACAUUCUCCCUUCCAAAAAAAAAAAAAAUUACCCAAAAACCCUGCUGUCUGGAUCCAACCUAUCCUUCAAAAUAUUAACCACCUUGAAUAUCAUCCGUCAACUGCUCCUACCACUCCUCCGGUGACACCUUCCUCGUGGACCAUUUCUGCAAGCUGUGCUCUCCCCUUCGGCUCCUUUUCUCUACCCCUGUCCCUUCGCUGCCUUGCUCUGCUGUUUUCUAAAGAGAGUUACACCCCAAUGCCUCUUUAUUCUUUUCGGUAUGUUCUGCACUUUUUUACAUUUUAUUUUCAUUGUACUUUGUGGGUGGGGUCAGCAUGCAUUUGUAUUGGGUGGAACUAUCUGGGUUUUUAAAGGUGCAGUUGCCACUAAUUUGUUGGGCUUGAAAUUUUAAUUCACUCUGGAGCACUGAACCUUUUUUGAAUACAGCAGCUCGCAUAAAUGUGCUUAUCUGUUUAACUGUCUUGUAUCUGGCUUUAAACUAUAGUGUUUAGGCGUCACUUUUUUAUAUUUGUAUAUAAAAUAAUUUGGCCAAACGAGUGCGGUUUUCCUUUUUUCUUCCUUAACCCCUUAAGGACCAAACUUCUGGAAUAAAAGGGAAUCAUGACCUGUCACACAUGUCAUGUGUCCUUAAGGGGUUAAAGGGACACUAUAAGCGACAAAAUAACUUUAGCUUAUUGAAGCAGUUUUGGUGUAUAGAUCAUGCCUCUGCAGUCCCACAGCUCAAUUAUCUGCCUUUUAGGAGUUAAAUCAGUGUUUAUGCAGGGCUAUAGUCACACCUCUCUGCAUAUUGCCUACAGUCUCCCUACAUCCUUAAACAAGGAUAGUUUAAUGAUAUCUCUCUACACUAAUUUUAAAUAUGCAUCCUGUGUGAAUAGACUGUAGCUUAAAGUUAAAUUAAUAAAGCAGACCCGAAGCUUCAAUAAGUUGCAGUUGUUUUGGUGAAUCGAGUGUCACUUUAAAGCAUUCCACAGUAAAAAGUACUGUAUUUAAUAUUGAAUAACUAUUGAUGCCUUUUCUUUUCAGAGUAUGAAAUCUGUAUUUAAAUUUGUGGAGAAAAUUUUUUUUUUUUUAUCCCUUAAGCUUGUAAAAGUAGUCUCUACUGUGCCAAUGUAGACCUGCUAUUGUUGGCACACACAUUGGAAUAUAUAUAUUCCAGUCACAGCAAUGUCUAUAGUUGUUCCUAUAGAUGUCUUACUGUGUUGCCUUUCUAUGGCUUGCCCCUACUGACAAAUCCUGGUGUCUCCAUCUGCAUGUACUGGCUAGCAGACUGCAUUGGGAACAGUAGUUUGCUUUGCUCUUCGGUUAGAAGCUUUAUUACUUGCUUGACAUCCUUAAACCAGAGCUCUUGGUUUAAUGGAAGGUGACAAUCUAGUUCAUGUCCACCCCUUAUUCAGUAAAGCUAAUGGUUAGGUUUUAAUUUGUCUGUAAUGCUCACUCCUGGACUUGCUGUCCCUUGUGUAAAAUAUUUUAAACACACAUUCCUUAAAUGAGCGCUUUUCAAGUUUUCCAUCAACUUAUGUGGCAUUUGCACAUCUGCUUGCAAUGUUAAUGGGUUUGCAUUGGGUGCACACAUGUAUUGAGCAUUGGAUUUGUUGGUGUGUUUUGUCAAAAUGUACACUAUAUACUAAACAGCUUUGUUUUCCACUUCCUAAGGUGUGUAUGGUGAUGUGCACAGAGUGAAAAUUCUCUUUAACAAAAAGGAAAAUGCACUUGUGCAGAUGGCAGAUGGCAACCAGGCUCAACUGGGUAAGAACACUUCUGUCCUCUAGUGGUAGCCUGCAUUACUUUGCUUGAUGUAAUCUCAUUGAAAGUAAAAUAACUUUAGUCUCAAGGGUUAGUCCAUUAAAAAGGCAGGUCUCACUUAUCGACCUAUAUGUUGUAUAGUACCUUGUACAAACGUGCAUUACAUAACACAUUCGCUUAGUCCUGCUGAAGUAGGAACUUAAGUGUACUGUAGCUCAAACUGCAUUUUUGGGUUUUAUAAACAUCAUGAAACCUUACCAGAAUCCUCAAGCUGCUGUAAUCACUGUUUUUAAAUUCUACUUUUGUAUUUUCAAUGCAGCAAUGAGCCAUCUAAAUGGUCAGAGACUUCAUGGAAAACCACUUCGUAUCACAGUGUCAAAGCAUCAGACUGUUCAGUUGCCAAGAGAGGGACAAGAGGACCAGGGUUUAACUAAAGACUACGGUAGCUCUCCUCUCCAUCGAUUUAAGAAACCAGGCUCUAAAAAUUUCCAGAAUAUCUUCCCACCAUCUGCAACGUUGCACCUUUCAAAUAUCCCGUAAGUUGCUCUGAUUUACCUUGUAUCACAAAAUACAAAUUCCUUUUAAACCCUAUGUUGACUUGAUUGUUCAUGUGUAUAUGCUGGUUUUGGAUUAAUUCUGUGUAUGUAUAUAUGCAUUUUUUUUUUUUUUCAGUGUGCAGAUGGAAAUAUUUUGUGUUUGAAAGUACUUUGUGUGUGUGUAUGUAUUCUCACUCUUCCCAAGGUGCCUGUAGCCUUCCCCUUCACUUGCACACAGUCACACUAAUGCAAUGGGUAUAUGCGUAAGUGCCAGAGAACACUGGUUUGUGCCAAAAAGCUCACCAUUUCGCACUAAAACUAGGACAUGGCCUGCUAGCUGUAGAACUUUUUACAAUAGGCUGCAGGCAUGGUGCUAAAUGUCCCUUAAUUUCUAUAUUUAACAAGUGAUUUUGGUUGCUUUAAAAAAAGCAGUUGAAUUGACUACAAUUAUAAUCUUUCUUUCUUUUAGACCCACUGUAUCUGAAGAAGAUUUAAAGAUGCUGUUUUCAAAUGAUGGUUAUACAGUGAAAGGAUUUAAAUUUUUCCAGUAAGUUUAAGUUUUGGAAAGCUGCAUGUUUGCAGACUGUUGCAAAGUUUAAAUAAUUAUUUUUUUUUUCUUUUCUACUCCCUUUACAGGAAGGACCGCAAAAUGGCCCUGAUACAAAUGGGUUCUGUGGAGGAAGCCAUAGAGUCUCUAAUUGAACUUCACAACCAUGACAUGGGUGAAAAUCACCACCUGCGUGUGUCCUUCUCUAAAUCCACCAUCUAAUGGUUGGGUUUGUGGAGAGACAAAGAACUCUUAAAGCCCAAAGAGUGGCUUCUGAAGGCAGAGGUCAUUCCCCAGGGCCCACUUCCAUCAUUCCAGAUGAAAAGCCACUUUACGGAAAAGUGCAGUUCAAGUGUCCUUGGAAACUAGAUUUGUGUUAAUUUUUUUUUUUUUUUUUUUUAAAUUGUUUAGAAAUCCAUUUAUUGGUUUAAGAAUGCACUCGUGGGAAUUUGGGACGUUGCUUGGGGAGGAUUCCUGUCACCAUGUGUAUUGAGAGCUUGUCCACUAGGGCAGAGCAAUCACUUUUAUAUGCUUGCAGUAGGUCAGGUAUCCAUAUUCAUGGACCAAUAUUGGGGUAUGCAGUGCCUUCUAUUCAGGUUCCCUAUACAUUUAAUUUGGUGUAGGUGUUUGUUUUGAGUUUUACUGGACUUCGUGAAUUUGUAUAUUUAAAUAUCCUUUCUUUUUACAUAAGGAAACUUUUUUUUUUUUUUUUUUUAAUAUAAAUAUAAAUUCAGAAGAAAAGAUGUGAGCUGUGGGACAAGGUAUAACCUAUGUCAACUAUAGAGCUGUGCCUUAAAUCUCUGAAGCAGGGCUGUUUUCAUUUGCUAUAAUCUCUGCAGUUUGUAUACAUGGUCUUGGAUAUUUGCCCACUGAUCAAAAACGUGUUCCAACAUCACGAUCUGCACUUUUACCCCUUGCCCCUCCCCAAGCAAAACGUGGCUUUAUUAAUCAUUCCAUGCAAAUUUUUGACCAAAUCAUUUUUUGUUUUAAUUCGUUAUUCCUCUUUGUUUUAAAGUGAACUUGUGUUUACUGUGGAAUUCAGUUUCUAUGCUGCUUUGCAUACACCUUUUUGUUUUUAAGUGAAUUAAUCUGAACUUCCUCAGAUGAGAUGCAGAUUCCAUGUCUGAGAGAUUUUUGUAUUGUAUAUUUAGAAGGCUAAAUUUUUCCCUUACUAGGUUUUAUGUACAUUCCUUAUGUGUUCAUGCAUCACACUCCUCUCACUCAAUGCCUUAAGUCACCCUACUGGGUGUUAAGCCUUCUAAUGUUUCAGGUUUACACUUUAAUGAUAUUGGACCAAGUCUUUCAGAUGUUACCAUGUGACCUAGUCUCAGGCUUCCACACACUCCUAUAUUGAAGGGGGAUGUAUGUUACAUAUUCUAGAUUGCCUUGUCUUAACAAAAAAAAAAAAAAGUAUGAUUCAAAACUUGGUCAUGUGUAAAAUAGGCUAGCAAUGUUCCAACCACCUGGCGCAUAUAUAUGAACAUCAUUGCAUAUUUGUGCAAGUCUUGACAAAGUGUAUCUAUUUGUCAGAAUGCAUUGAUGUUAAAUGCUGGACCGGCACACAGUUUUUGGUGGGGUUUUUUUUUUUUUUUUUUGUAGUAGUCUGACAGGCAAUUGUAACACCCUCUGAGAAUAAUGGGAGGUGUACACCACCUGUAAAGGUAUUUGACUACCAGUACACUAGAAAGUAUAGAAUUACUAUACACUACCUUAAUACAACUAUCUGAAAACGUUAGUGCCUUAUUAUACCACAUGGACUAACUUCUGCUCAAAUAUUUGUAUGCCAGUACUUAAAUUUAAAAAAUAUUUUUAUUUUUUUCCUCCUGAGGGAUGUUAAGGUGCAUCAUGUGAAUCGCAGCUAGAGCUCACUCCCAGUGCGCAGUUCACUAAUGUAUUCAAGAACUGUAAAUAUGUGUAGCUUUUUAUAUACAUGUUUUUUCUGCAAAAGCUGCAAAACAAUAUAUUUUUUUUUUGUGGUUUAAACUGUAUAUUUUGAUAACUUUUUUCAGAAGGAUUACAGUAUUGUGGGGUGCCGAGAUGAGACAGCUAAAAUCCAUUACCUCUAAUCAUAUGUUUGUACGGAAAAGACAAAUUAAAAACAAACUAUUUUAUAAGAAACGUUUAUACUUCUCAUUAGAUAUUUUGUUCAGACUAUAGCAAUCAGUUAUCACCCAGUAUUUGUAUGGGCUUAUAAAUAAACUACUUUAUUCUUCACUUUUUUUUUUCCCCAUCUGGUUUUUAAUCUGUUUCUUCCUUAAUACAGUUUCUACUUCUGGUUCUUUUUCUGACUUGGUUUACCUCUGCUUAAGGGUUGGGCAAAUGCAACAGAGCUGAGUGAUAACAGUAAAGUUAAGACGGUUUGCUAGAAGGCCUCUGUAGUUCUUCCAAUCCCUGUAAAAGCCCAUGUUGUGUAAUAAUUUGAAGAGGUGUGUAUAUGUGUGUGUGUGUGUGUGUGUAUAUAUAUAUAUAUAUAUAUAUAAUUUUUUUUGCCUGUUUAAAAUGUAAAUUUCUAAACAAUUUAAGGUUUUCCUGUGUUCUAGUUAUGUUGUUUCUUUGUACAAGCUAUAGAGUAAAUUUGCAAUGAAAUGUGUCUGUUACUGUAGCUCUCAUUGCUAGGCUUCUCUAGGAGCUAAUUGGUACCUUUUUUAUGCUUCUAGGUGAAUAGCUUGAGUUUUAUUGCUAUAGCCAAUAAAAGGAUGGAGGGAUAAAAUACCUCCUUACCAAACGAGCAAAAA